AAUGGCACUUUUCCUACAUUCAAAGCUCCUUCAUGAUCAUCUUCCAUUCAUGAUUCUAGUUUUCUUCAGUCUCGGAGCCUGCAGAUUGCAUGCAAGUGAUCCUCCUCUAACGUUGGAUUAUUACGCAUCUACUUGUCCAACUGUGCUCGAAACUGUCAAGAAACAAAUGGAAUGUGAAGUCCAAUCUGAUCCACGUAAUGCUGCCAUGAUGCUUCGAUUACAUUUCCACGACUGCUUCGUUCAGGGAUGCGAUGGAUCAAUUUUGCUGGACGAUACAAUUACAUUAGAGGGGGAGAAGAAAGCUUCAGCAAACCAAAACUCUUUAAAAGGUUUUGAAAUUGUUGAUAGGAUAAAGAACGAGGUUGAAUCAGAAUGCCCUGGGAUUGUAUCUUGUGCAGAUAUUCUCACCAUUGCUGCAAGGGAUGCUGUCAUUCUGGUUGGUGGACCUUAUUGGGAUGUUCCUCUAGGAAGAAAGGAUUCUGUAACGGCUAGUCAUGCACUGUCGGACUCGAAUCUUCCUACACCAAAUGAAAACCUGCUCUCUGUCAUUUCCAAGUUUCUUUAUCAAGGCCUCUCGGUCACAGACAUGGUAGCUCUUGCAGGGGCACAUACAAUAGGCAUGGCACGCUGUGCCAGUUUCAGAUCAAGGAUCUAUGGAGACUUUGCAGCAACUUCAGGGCAUGAUCCAGCCUCUGAGUCACACCUCAACAGCUUGAAAUCUAUUUGCCCGCCUAGGGGGGCAGACAAUAACAUAACAGCCAUGGACUAUGAAACUCCUAACCUUUUUGACAAUUCCUUCUACCAUAUACUGUUGAAAGGGGAGGGAUUGCUAAAUUCAGACCAAGAAAUGUACUCAAAUGUGUUUGGGAUUGAAACAAAGCAGCUCGUGCAAAAGUAUGCAGCAGACCCUAUUGCUUUCUUCCAGCAAUUCUCUGAUUCAAUGGUGAAAAUGGGAAAUAUUACAAACCUAGAUAGCUUUACCACUGGAGAAGUUAGAAGAAACUGCAGAUUUGUGAACACUUGAGCUACAAGAUUACUCCAGAUUGCAUAAAAAGCAGAGACAAAUAAACAUAUAUAUAUAUAUAUAUAUUUAUAUUUACACUUAUAAAAAAUGUGUCACAUUAGUUGGAAGUUGUUGUCUGUUUAUUAAAUAUGAUGUCUUUUUCUCCUAUGUCUCCAUGUCAAUUGUAUAACAUUGCAGAAGAAGUUUUAAUUGCGUGAACAAAAUAGUAAAAGGUGACAG